AUGGGUAGCGAUCGUAAGUCGAAAAAGAAGAGGUCUCCGACUGAGUCCUUGUCAGAAGACGAAGGGAAGAACAAAAGGCGUAGAAGUUCAGAAACAAAGAGUGAUAAGAAAGAGAGAGACUCCGAUAGGAAGCACAAAUCGCAUAAAUCUUCAAGUACUAAAGGUGUUUUCUUCGGAUCACCUUCAGAUCAUUGCACAGAUGCGUUGGAAAUGGACACCGAAGAUUUAGCAGUCCUCUUCUAUCCUGAUCAUAUGGUGUAUGGUGAUAGUUAUUGUACAGAUUGUGUUUUAACUUUCACCAGCAGUUGCAUCAAAAUAGAGGGUUCAGGUUCAACUCUAGAUGGAGAUGACAAAAUAUUGAAAUUACAGUGGGAUGUUCAGGAUUUAGUUCAUAUCAAAUCUCAUUGGUAUGAGCUGGUUGAGAUAGCAAUGGUGACCAUUCAUGUACUUACUGAAGAUACAGUACAGCCUGAAAAUGUCGAAUGCACUUCAGGUGCUGAUAUGAAGUUUGCAAUCAUGGGGACUAACUGGUUUGGGAAACAAGAAGCAAUCACAACUUUAAAUGUUGCAUACAAAACUUUACGGACCAGUAUGCUUGAGUUAGAGGACACUGUUCUUGGACAAAUCAAAGCACCUUUUACAAAGUAUUUUCCCAACUUUGACCAGCCUUUUGAAGAAGUUAUAUAUCCAAAAGGGGAUGUUGAUGUUGUUUCCAUUAGUAAGAGAGAUGUUGAUUUGCUGCUACCAGACACAUUUGUCAAUGACACCAUCAUUGACUUUUAUGUCAAAUACUUGAAGAACAAAAUCAGGCCUGAAGAGAGACAGAAAAAGAACCUCUAG